GUCCCCCUCCCCCCAGUCCUGAGUGAUGUAAACAAUCAGGGGAGGUAUUGUGUGUUUUGAACCUGAUUUCCGAGAAUUUCGGUUUCCCCCGUCGGUCAGCAAGGUCAGUGCACAACAAAUACUCGGACUCGGAAAAUCCAUGCAACAGUGCCUUUACGAAAAUACAGUUAUAGCUCGUUACAUCAUCACUGCGCUGGAUGAUAAGGCCGGAUUUUUCGGAGUAGCUGGUCAAGUGCGUUUUAAGCGAAGGUUCGAGGGGAUAACAAUUCGUUGGGGCACAAUGACGAUUAGUGUUCACUGGCCAGCGCUUGCCGGGGUCAUUCACCCGAAUAUUGGGGGGUGGGCGGGGGCUGUCAUCACGAGGAGAAAUAUCAACCCCUGGUAUGAGUCCCUGAAGAAACCAUCGUGGACACCUCCCAAGUGGGCCUUUGGACCCGCCUGGACUUCGAUCUACUGCUCUGUAGGGUACGCCUCGUACCUCGUUUACCGUGAUGGAGGUGGUUUCGAGGGCGCAGCCCUCCCGUUGUCCAUUUACGGGGCUAAUCUUGCCCUCAACUGGGCGUGGACACCCAUUUUCUUCGGAUGCCACAACAUCAAAAUCGCCCUCUGCGAGAUUGUGGUCCUCUGGGGGUCGACCGUGGCCCUGGCAGUGGCAUUUCACCAGGUGAAUCCAGUCGCCGGUUACCUCGUCCUCCCCUACAUCGCCUGGACCACCUUCGCAACUGCGCUGAACUACGUCAUCUAUCGCGACAAUAAAGAGACACCAGCCAUCGAGGAUAAGAAGAACUGAAUAAUCAAAGUGCCUUGAAAAUGCUUCUCAAUUUUGAUUCACUUCACACAUUCCGACUUCAAAAAAUACUAAUGGUUGAGAGUUUCUGCUAGAUAUUUUUUAGCACAAUUUUACGAGCCAAUAUUCAUAGUAUACACAUGUUUAUUACUUUAUAUGAAAUAAAGAUUGAUAAAUCACGGUUACAUUACAUUAUUUAUAUA